AAACCAUUCCCCCCCCCCACACACACGUCACUUUGGAAAUUAGAGAGGUUUAGAACAAAAAUAAGGUAAAAUAAAAUAAAUCCGUAGGACUUAGAAGGACCCAAACUUUUUCGAAGUCCCGCCCUUAGCCCAGGGUCAGCCGAUUCGACACAGCAGUGGCAACAGGACUCUGUUCCCGCCAAGACACGAGAGUGUGUGUGCGUUGCUGCUGGAGGAAGAUACUGGACUGACCCAGGAAACUGAAGGGGUUGAAUAUCCAAGAGUCACACAUAAGGGCAAUUUUUACCCCCUGAAUCCCACACUUCUUUGAUUAUGGUGUGACUGUGGUGGUACUGGUGAGCCGAGGCAGCCGUUUAAUGUUUCGAAAACCUGCUAAGCCCAUUGCGCAGGGACUGUGUUGCAUUUGUGAAUUAUUGGGACAAUUGUCCAGUUGAAAGGGAACUGAGGAGCUUUACAACAAUUUUACAAAGCUCGCUCUAAGAUUAAGCUGUUGAACUUAUACUUCCCAUCAGUAUUUAAUUUUCAAAGUAUUACUGAUUCUUAAUUUUAUGAAUCAAGUGCUUGGAAAGGCCAAGUCACAGGUGAAAUAGCAGCCACAAUGGGAAACUUCUAAAUGCUACCCCUGUGGUAGAUUCUCUUAAUUUUAUUGUAGUCUAAAUAGAAUAGCAUGUGUUCUCAGGUAUAAGGUUUGUAGUUUGCCAGUAUAUCCACUGCCAAAGCUUUAGAUUCCCAUCGAGUUAGUGGGGUUUUUGUUACUUUUUUUUUUCGCAGCAAAAUAUUUCCAUUUAAAAAUUUUGUAACAAGACAUAGAUUCUCAAUCUAAGAAUCCUUUUGCCAUGUUAGAAGAUGCUUUUUUGGAAGAAGACAUCUGGGAAUACAAAUCUAAAAGAAAACCGAAGCCGGCACAUACAAAUAAUUGCUCUGAGAAUACUCCAAAAUCUGUUGAAAAACCAACAGAUGGAAAAUACCAGUCAAAACGAAAGAGACGUAAAAAAGGAAAUGUAGACGCUAACGAGAAGACACAGGACCCUGAAAUGUGCCUUGGAGAAACCGGUAGUCAGACUUCUGCAGCUUCUAGUCAGAAUUCUAGUUGUGGGGAUGGUAUUCAGCCAUCCCAAGACCAGCAGGCCACUCCAGGAAAGCGCUGUAGGACCCACAGAAACAAACACACAUCUCCAAAGAUACGUCCAGUGUAUGAUGGAUACUGUCCAAACUGCCAGGUGCCUUUUUCUUCAUUGCUAGGUCAGACACCCCGAUGGCAUGUUUUCGAGUGUUUGGAUUCGCCACCAGUCUCGGAAACAGAGUGUCCUGAUGGUCUUCUAUGUACCUCCACAAUUCCUUCUCAUUUCAAGAGAUACACUCACCUGCUACUGGCUCAGAGCAGAGCCAGCAAUAGGCCUCUCAGCAGCCCACCACCUGCGUCAGGGGGUUGUUGCAGUGAGACUAAUUCAGGCUUCCUCUGUAGCCUUGAGGAAAGAUGGUCUUUGCAUCAGAAACAAACGGAAAACGUAAAAAAUGUUUCAACUCCCCCCUCACCGGUGACACAAUGCCUGAAGAAAUCCCGGUCUCCCACUGAAACCAGUACAAAGAUUUCUUCUUCUUGGACAAAUCUCCAAACGUCCCAACAAACCCCGCGACUUCCAGAACGUGUUAAUGAUGACACACUGGUUGGAGUUGGUUUGCCUCUUGCUGAAGAAUUAAGCAGCCAGAACAACUCAGAACGCACACCCUUGCCAGCACCAGAAAGUGACUUUAGCAGCUAUGAAAUCUCUUACUCUCCACUUCAAAGUGAUGAGGAAAUGUACGAUCUAGAUGAAAAGCUAGGUGAUUCACAGCAGGAGCUGCUGUUCACCGAAAGCUCUAAAGAUGGCAGCCUGGAAGAAGGUGACACCAGCCCUACUUUGUUUCAGAGCCUCCAUGGCUCCUCACUGAAAGACCAGCAGGAGAGUGGGCCCGACAUGCCCUGCUUCUUAGCUCAGGACAGACAUGAGGAAGCACUGUAUAAAUACAGCACGCUAACUGGUCCAUCUCAGCUUCUUUUCCAGAAUAACAGUAUUACUUUGUGUGAUGGCAGAACAUACACUGGUGAUGAUUUUGUGCUGUUUCCAUCGGCAUUAGCAGAGGGCCUCACUUCCAGUUAUCAAGCUGUCAUGGCAAAACCUGGCCAGCCUAAAUGUCAGUCAAAUAAACGGAAACAGGUCGCUGAAGAAUCAGCUGUUUGCAAUCAGCUCUCCCUUCCAUUACUUAAUAGUGAAGUACCAAAAGCUUUUGAAAGCCAAGGAGAAGGGGAUCGUUCUUUCCAUCCAACCCAAGGUAAAAUUAGAAAAUCCUCAAGUAAGAACUUCAGUGGUAUGAACAAUGCUAACUGCACAUGUGUCUGCGGAAAGGCAUUAGGGGGUAUACAGGGCAGUAAAGGUACAAUUCCAAAUAUAGAGAAAUCUAGUAUGACUGCUGCAGCUGGGUCUCUGAAAAUGUCGCCGUCUGGUCCAAAGUGUCCUGCGACACAGUCUUCCCCCAAGGUAAUGAAACAAAUGGAUAUAGGUGUUUAUUUUGGGCUGCCACCCAAAAGAAAAGAAGACAAGUUGCUGGAGGGAAGCACAGUAGAAGGGCUGAACUUACAUCCAGCUGUGAGUCCUAAGGAAAAGAGGUCCUGGCGGCGGCAGCAGCAGCGCAAGAGGAAAGCAGAAAGAUCUUUAAGUGAUUCAGAAUUCGAUGCGAAGAAUUUAAGCGAGACGCCACCCUCUGUGGAAUUUGAGCAGUCACCGCAUCAAAGAAAGCGACCGAGAAAGUCAGAUUCACUACAGGCAGGAGCACAUCAGAAGAGGUCUCAUCACCUAAUUAAUGGGACAGAAUCUGAAACCGUCAAUUUAAGGAAGGAUAAAGUCUUCAAAAAAUCAGCUGGCGGCAGGCAGCAAAGAGGGAACACAAAAAUCCCAGAGUCACCUAAUGCAGGACAAGGAAGAAAAAAGACAUGUCCAUUCUAUAAGAAAAUACCUGGGACUGGCAUUACAGUUGAUGCCUUCCAGUACGGACUGGUCGAAGGUUGCACAGCCUAUUUUCUCACACAUUUUCAUUCUGACCAUUACGCUGGAUUGUCUAAAAACUUCACCUUCCCAGUUUAUUGUAGUGAGAUAACUGGCAAUUUGUUGAGGAGCAAACUUCACAUGCAAAAGCAAUACGUCCAUCCUCUGCCGAUGGACACCGAAUGUAUAGUAAAUGAUAUAAAAGUUGUUUUGCUUGAUGCUAAUCACUGUCCAGGUGCUGUCAUGAUCCUGUUCUACCUUCCUAAUGGUAAAGUCCUAUUACACACCGGAGACUUCCGAGCACACCCCACCAUGGAACGUUCUCUUCUCGCGGGCCAGAAAGUCCACACGCUUUACUUAGAUACAACAUACUGCAGCCCUGAAUACUCCUUCCCAUCUCAGCAAGAGGUUAUCCAGUUUGCCAUCAACACGGCCUUUGAGGCAGUAACUCUAAACCCACGUCUUCUUGUUGUCUGUGGCACUUACUCUAUUGGAAAAGAGAAAGUCUUUCUAGCCAUUGCUGAUGUUUUAGGUUCAAAGGUGGGCAUGUCCCAAGAAAAAUAUAAAACCUUACAGUGCCUCAACAUCCCAGAACUUAACUCCCUCAUCACUACAGAUAUGUGCAAUUCCCUGGUUCACCUUCUCCCAAUGAUGCAAGUUAACUUUAAGGCUUUACAGAAUCAUUUGAAGAAGUGCGGUGGAAAAUAUGAUCAGAUUUUGGCUUUUCGACCUACAGGAUGGACACAUUCUAACAAGUUAACUAGUAUAGCAGACAUUAUUCCCCAGACCAAAGGAAACAUUUCAAUAUAUGGAAUCCCUUACAGUGAACACAGCAGCUACCUGGAAAUGAAGCGUUUUGUUCAGUGGCUGAAGCCCCAGAAAAUCAUACCUACCGUGAAUGUCGGCACUUUGAAAUCCAGGAGCACAAUGGAGAAGUAUUUCAAAGAGUGGAAGUUGGAAGCCGGAUAUUGAUAUUACCGGAAAGGACUCAGAGCUAGUCAAGUAACUUACAUAUAGCUCAUUACUAGUUAAAUCUUCAGUGAUAUGAAACACACUUUAUACAAAAAACCUCAUGAAGGCUGCACAUAUAAAUUGUUUUUCUCAUUUACGUUUGAACAGCGUGUUCAUGGUGCCCAGUGCCGAGUGUCUCCACAUCAUCCGUAGUGAUGGAGCCUGGCCUUGACCAAGAGCCCUUGAUCCUUGCUCCCUCCACGGAAGCAGGUACACCCUGUAUCCAGCCUCAGGAGAGGCAACAAUGGCAGGCUUAGGGGCCAAACUAUGCAUGAUAAUGGAUAAACGAAAUUGAAAGCAUUACAUAGAAGUAAUUUUGUAUCUUUAAAAUUAUUUAAUAUGGGGCAUAUUUUUAU